AUGGACCAGUAUCUUAAAGAUAGUCCGAAUGAUCAAUUUGAUCAAAAUUUCGAUGAGAAUUAUCAAUUCGAUAAUUUCGAAAAUCAUCAAGAUAAUGUUAAUCAAGUAAAUAAUAAUUUUAGUUUAAAUAUGGAACAACCUUUUGAGAGUAAUUUACAAGAUGAUUUUGAUAAUCAAUUUCCUUCAAUCCCCGGAUCAGAAUUCUUAAGUCCAAGAAAUGAAGUCGGUUCAUAUCAUAAUGAACCAUUCUUGGAUGAAUUAGAUUCUAACUUCCAAAUUAAUCAAGGAGCUUCACCUCAAUUUGUUGGUAGUUUCAAUAACGAACCAGCAAAUUUAGAUCAAAUCAUAUCACCACAAAACAAUAAUAAUAAUGGAGGAUUCUUAGAUUCUCAAUACUUUUCACCUCCAACCAAAGCAACCAUUGAUUUAAAUACUUUAAGUCCAGAAAUUGCUGCUAAUAUUAAUGCUAGAAGUAUCCCAUUUCAAAAUAUUAAUAAUUUUGAUUUAAAUUCCGGUUCUUAUUUGUCACCAAGCUCAACUAAUUUCGGUGAAAGUAUAGAUACGUUAAGAUCACCAAAUUUUGGAUCUUAUUUGAAUUCACCUCCUCAAUAUAAUCAUAGUAGAAGUAUUUCCUUAAAUUUACAAAAUUCAAGUGUACCAAAUAAUAUGGAUAAUUAUUUAUCACCACCAAACACAAGUUCAAACGGGAAUCUUAAUUUCCCCAAUACUUAUCAACCAAGAAGUCAAUUUUCUGAAUUUUCUAAUGAUUCAUCAAAUCAAUUAGGUACUUCUGCUCCUAGUAAUAGUGGAUUAGAAGAUAAUAUUUCAUCAAAACAAUUAACCAAAGAAGAGAAAUUGAAGAGAAGAAGAGAAUUCCAUAAUGCUGUUGAAAGAAGGAGGAGAGAUUUAAUUAAAGAAAAAAUCAAAGAAUUGGGAGUAUUAGUACCUCCAUCAUUAUUAAAUCCUCAAUUAGUAGCAGUACAAACAUUCCAAAAAUCCGCUCAAUUGAAUAAUGAAGAAAUCAGUGAAUUAUUAAGUACAGUUAAAGUUAAAGAAUCUAAGCCAAACAAAUCAACAAUUUUGAAUAAAUCAGUGGAUUAUAUAAUACAUUUACAAUAUGUUUUACAACAACAAGAAAAGGCUAAGAAAUUAUUACAAGAUAACAUUAAUAAUUUGGAACAAGGUAUACCGAAUUUGAGUUUAGGUAAUAAUAAUGAUAAUUCUAAUCCUUCAGAUUUAUCCAACAAUAUGGUUGAUAAUACUGAUGGGAAUUUUAUGCAAGAUUUCCAAAAUCACCAAAAUGAAGAGAAUUUCGAUCCUGAUGAAUUCUUCCUGGAGAUUAUUACUGGUAAUGAUCAAAUAUAG